UCUGACUUCCAGAACCAUUCAGCACACGUCAGUAUAGCUUUGUCCGCGUCCAGCUCAACCAUGAGUCAUCAGCUCAACCCUGGGCUCAUUUCUGCUUACAACAGUCUGACUGACAAACACUUGGCAGGCUACUUCAGCAACACUCGCAUCAGAAGGCACUUGCAGAGAGCUGGACUGAUCACCAGGAGUGGGCGAAUUGUUCCAGACAAAGAGUACAGACACAAGCAGCACCAGCGAGCCCACCAGAGACAUGUCCGAGAGUGUCUGGCCCAGGCCAUCUUCCACAAGGUGCUGGAGAUGGAGCGCGUCCAUCAGAUCGAGAUUAAAAGAAAACUGGAGGAGUUUGCAAGAAGGGAGAGAGUGCUCAAGAUCAAGGUGGGACGUUCAAAGAGGUAUGAAGAAGACAUUCACAUUCUGUCGCCGCGGCCGCCCACCGCUGCAAAGAUGAUCAGGAAACAGAAUUCCGGACCAGAAGGGGAACAUUCCGAGUCGUCCGAGUCGCCGGGGUCGUCUCGUCCGAACACAGCUCCAGGAAACAUGCAGAGGCCGGUGCGAUUGAAGCCGAUCAACAGUCACAACAAUGCAGCGUUGCUCAGACACAGCUCGCCUUAUAGACUGCAGGCCACGUCCAAUGAGAACGACCCGUUCAACAGCACUAUGGACAAAAAGUCUCGCAGACGAGUGUCUAAAAUGGACCCCUCCAAUGGGGUCUCGCCCUACUGCCUGCCUGUCAUUAACAACUUUGUCACCCCAGUUCCCCCAGCCAUUAGGAAAUGUGAAAGAGGAGUAACAACCUCAACCAUUGGCACCGUCCGGGGCCGCAGGCUGCGACCCACCACCACCUCAACUGGAGUGGAGACGAAUGAGGAGCAGACGACUCUGAGGAGCUCUGUGUACCAGAGAAGAGUUACCGUCAACAUGAUUUACUUUGGCAAAACUGUGCAUCUCUCACAUGACCUGACUGACUUGAGAGAUGAGGUCAAAGUCUUCCAGCAACACUGUGGAGGAGAAAACCUGUGCGUGUACAAGGGCAAACUGCGAGAAGGAGACAUGUUCCAGUUCAUCUCAAAGCGGCACAGAGGUUUCCCUUUCAGCUUGACAUUCUUCCUGAACGGGCUUCAGGUGGAGCGACUGAGCUCCUGCUGCGAGUUCAAACACAGGAAAGGACCCAGACUGGGUGGCAGACACGGACACUUUGGCUUCACUGGCGUCGAAGGAGCAUCUCCCUGCUACAAAUGCAUCAUUUCCAUGGGAUUAGACAAAAAGCCCACUCCUCCUCCGAAGAGGGUGAGAGAGGACACUUUCCUCAGCACCAAGGUUGACAUGGAGACAUCGAGGACUGUAGCAGCAGCCGUCCCACACUCAGAACAUGAAGCCAGUCAAGUACAUCAAACACCGGUCACAGAGGCACCUGAAGAGGACAAACACGCAGACGAUUAUGCAGAGGAUUUUGAGGCCGACGAUGAAGGACCAGCUGAAGAGACUAAGGAAGAGAGAUCCCUUUCUCCAUCUAGUGAGACUGAUGAACAAGCCAAGGAAAGACAUGUGUCUGAGACUGAAGAAGAGGAGAGAGAAGAGGUUAGGUCUCGCUCUGGCUCCAGCUCAGCAGGCAGUGAUGUCGGCGACAGCGAGGCUGAGGUCACUAAAGAGGAGAGAGAUGAUGAUGAUGAGGAAGCGAAAGAAAUCAUUCAGGAGGAAAACUCAAUUGCACCUGAGGAUCAAGCUAAAAGUAAUAAUUCAACUGUAGACAAAGAGCCUGAUUUACUGGACAGCGCUGGGGACAGCACCGAGCUUGAGAUUUCCAACACCAGUGCAGGCAACGAUAACACACGUACGGAUGAUUCUGCCGGAGAUCAAGAAGCUGUAGCCACAGAAGAGAGCAAGCCAGAGGAGGAGCAGGAAAGAGGUGAGUUUAUUCUCCUGUAUGCUGUGCCACACUUCUCCCCUCUCUUGCCUCCCGCAGCUAAAUCUGUGCAGGAGAAACUGGCCGAGGCAAUUCUGCAGGACUCCAGAUGUAGUUCUGAACCAGAGCUAAGCGACACCACGACUGAGGAAGAGGAGGAGUCCACCAGGGUCCGACAUGAGGACACUAAGGUUCCACAGAAGGCAGCCACCACAUGUGAGGACAACCUCCCUGGUGAAGUGUCAGAGGAUCAAGGGGAAGGAGCAGAGUCAAGAAACCAGGAGGAUGAACUCGAACAAAAUCCUGAUGAAAGCCCUCAGGCUGUUCAAGAGGAGGUGGCGUAUGAUGAGGUCAAAGCAGAAGAACCAAUACCUUCUAGUUCUGAACUGAAGGCAACAGUUCAGAGCCCAGAACUUCAGCAGCAAACUCCAGAUGAAAGCACAGUAGCCCCUGAAGUAGUGGAAGAGGAAACUGGGCAAGGAGAAGCUGCACCAGUGGGGCAAGAUGCAGAUGUCAGCAAGAUGGAUGAAGCAUCAAGAUCAGAGUUCAUACAGAAUGAUGAGCCACCAGGGAUGGACAAUGCAGAGGCGGAAGAGGUGAAAAUGGUGGAGGUAGAAGAGGAACACUCACCGCUCCUCAAGGCUGAACAAGAACCUGUAACUGACAGGCAGAAGAGUGAGGUCAGCGCUGCGGAGACUGACGUAUCCGUGGAGAAUUCUAGUAGUUCCUCUGAGCAAAGUGGAGACACUGCGGUGGAGAAGAAAGCAGACGUCAGUACAGAAGGUGAAGACAAGCACGAUGAUAAAUCCCACGGAGAAGGAGAUGAAACACAAGCAUGUGAUGCUGGAGAGGAAACUAUCGACGCUGAUAAACUGGAGGGGGAAGAGGAAGUCGGAGAGGAAGGGAUGAUGGGAAAAGAUGUGAGGGAGCAAGACAAAGCAGAAGAAGUCCAGUCUGAGGAGAAGGUGAUAGAAGAAGAGACGGAAAAUACGCUGGCAGAUCAAAGUGACAAGACUGAGAAUGUGGGUGAUGAUGAGGAGGAAUCUACAGCACCAAUUACCGAGGUUGAAGAAAAAUGUGGUGUUGAACUAGAUGAUGCAGCUGAAGAGAAAAACAAAGACGAAAAUGACAAUGACAAAGAGGAGGAACAGGAUGAGCACAAGAAAGAGACAGUUGAGGAAAGGGAGGGGGGCAAAUAUGAAGAUGCAGAAACACUUGUGAAAAAAGAAAAGUCUGAGGACAAUAAUGUUCAAUCAGAAGAUGCUGGUGCGGUGGCAAGAGAUGCUCCGGUUCCCAGGGUUAAUGGAAACGGAGAAGAGGCUGGUGAUGAAGGGGAUGUCGAUGCUGAAAGUGGAGAGAGGGCGGAGAGAAAAGAGAAGGCUGAAGGAGUUGUGUGUGAUGGCAUAGCUGAGGGUAAAAUAUCAGAACCAAGCAACGUAGAAGGUCAAUCAAACAAGGAUGAAGGAGAGGAACACCAUGAAGAGAGGAGAACAGCAGAGGCAGACAAAGAAGAAGGUAAAACAAACAAGGAUGAAGGCGAGGUACACCAAGAAGAGAGGAGAACAGUGGAGCCAAACGGAGGAGAAGGUAAAUCAAACAAGGAUGAAGGAGAGGAACACCAUGAAGAGAGGAGAACAGCAGAGGCAAACAAAGAAGAAGGUAAAACAAACAAGGAUGAAGGAGAGGAACACCAAGAAGAGAGGAGAACAGUGGAGCCAAACGGAGAAGAAGGUAAAUCAAACAAGGAUGAAGGAGAGGAACACCAAGAAGAGAGGAGAACAGUGGAGCCAAACGGAGAAGAAGGUAAAACAAACAAGGAUGAAGGAGAGGAACACCAUGAAGAGAGGAGAACAGCAGAGGCAAAUGAAGAACGUAAAUCAAACGAGGGUGACGGAGAGGAACACCAAGAUGAGAAAAAGACGGUUGCGCAAAGUGAAGAACAAAGUGAAACAAAACAUGCUGAACGAGAAGCUGAGAAGGUGACAGAAGACGAGGGUGACUUUUUAAAGCCUGGAGAGGAGGAAAGUAAAGCAAACAAUGAAGUGGAUACAGAAGAGAGCCAAACAAAUGCAGAGGAGAACAUCACAAAAGGGAGUAGAACGUCAGAUUCACAUGGACUGGAGAGCAGAUCAAGCCUGGAUGAAGUACAGAGCCGAGAUGACAUUUAUCUGGCAGAAGAAAAAGUAGAGGCUAAAACUUUUGAUCAAUGUGAGGAAGACAUCAAAACUGACCUUGAUAUUGAAAAGAAGUGGCAUUUGUCAAAGACAGAGAUUCCAGGUGGAGCCGAUGAAUCAGAGGUUGACACAGUUCGAGCAGUUUAUGAAAGUGCAAAGGCAGAAAGUCUUGAGAGUGAAUUAAACGCCAAGUCAGCAAGUAGGACUAAAGUGAGAAGUGACUGUGAGGAUGAGGAGAUAAAGAAUGGUCCCUCAGAUCAGCAGCAGUCAACAUCUGUUGCUGCAAGUGUAGCCCACAUGAUGGACAAGUCAGAACCAGACUCGGAAAAAUGGGUUGAACUAAACACGAGUGCAGACCUUGAUGAGGCGAGCAAGGCCUCAGAGGAGGGGGCAAGUGUUCUUCUCCAACCUCAAGUUAACCACAAAGCAGAGGCCCCUGUGGGCCACCACAUCUCCGAGGCAUUAGCCAAUGAAAACAGUGUGGAUCUGGUUUCAAACUGGGUGACUGUGCAUCAAACCUCCAGGUACUUUGAGACAUUUGUGGAACCAAUUGAUGACUUGAAGGACUCACAGGUGACUAGAAGUGAUGUGACAACUCGAGAGCUCCUGAGGUCCCAGAGUCCGUGUACGACUGAUAAGCCCUUGGCAGAAGAAGAUAUGAGUGAAAGUAAAGAAGAGGAAGGCAUGGAGGUGGAUCAGAAUAGGGAUAUAACUCAUGAAGCAAAAGAGGAUGUGAAAUCGAAGAAUGAAGAAGUUCAGGCUGUUGAGGGGUUAGAAAAGAAGAAAGAACACUGUUCGCCUUUUGUGGAAGGAGAGGAGUGGGAUGAAUGUGGUGGUGUCACAGUUGAAAGCAUCGCGAACGUCCACUUAGGAGAAAAACCUGGUAGUGUCAACCAUGAAUGUGAGCAAGAGAAUCCAGCACGGAGUCUUGAUGAGAUGAAAGGUACACUAGAAGUGGGUGAAAACUUCGAGGAUCAAUUGGAGGUCUUUGAACCUGCUGGUGAGAAUACGUCGGAAUCAUGGAUGAUUUCUGAGGAGGGCAUCAAAGAUGUCCCAGAAAUGCCUGAUCUAACAACCUCCAAGUCUGAGUUUGAAAGUCAAGCCGGCGAUGAGACGGAAACAAAACCUUUAAACCUAAGCAUCAGCGGAGACACGGAGCCGAUCCAGAACAUUAAAAGCAGCAAGGAGUGGUUCUCUGUGGAUGAUGGGUUGUUUGGGCAGAGUUCAUAUCCUUUACUGGCCGCUGUCAGGACGGAGAGCCGACAUUAGCGCGAGCAAUACAAUCUAAAAACUAGGUGAGAUCUUGCGCAUCUGUAAAUAGUCCGUUUUUUUAAUCUUUAUUUAUUUCACAUGACACAAGUUGGACACUCUCUACCCCAUCCAGAGGAAGUCAGACAUUUAAGGAGCUGUCAUUGAUUUAACUUAUUCUCAUGGAAUUGACAAGAGCAUUAUGACCUCAAAAGGAAGCCGGAUGACUGACACCCCCUGGUGGAAGCAAUUGUCAUGCCAACCCAGAGUUUAUGGAGUGCUUCACUCAUAUUUUUGCCGAGUCAGCACAGAUACCACCGGAAACAUGACACACUGACUCACUAGUCUCUGGACGUAACCUGGUCGCCUGCAGGUGGACCUGUCUACGUGUUCUGCAAGGGCUGGUUUGAAACGGCUCAGCAUCCAAAAAGAGAUGAUCAUGAGAAGCUC